UGAAGAUAAAAAGUAUGAACCGGGCCAAAGUAUCGGACGAAAAGUGCAUUCCCCGAAAAAUAAACACAAAAAACCAAACAUACAAAACAGAUAACGUCAAAAUACAGGAAAAAUACAAAAUAAAAAGACAUUUUUUUUUUUUUUUUUCUAAAGAUAAUAACAGAAGGGCGAGUUGGGCGAAAGUGAUUCUGAUGCCGUGUUGAAAAAUCCGGCGAUGGAGACUGGUGGCAGCAAGUCGGAGGUGGUGGCUGCAAGGAUAAGCUCGGCCACAGCUGGGCUUGAGAGAACAAGAAAACAGAGAGAGACAAAAGAAAUUUUAAGAGAGGAGAAGGCCACACCGGCAUGAACCGCCGGUGGCAGUGGCGAAGGUGCACACGGAUCGGCUUGAAUGACGUGUCAAUUUCUGAAGCAUUGGAUUUAAUAGAUGGUUGAGAUUUGAGUAAUUCUAAAUCCUUAUCUUUCGGUGGCACUGGCAGGCUGUGCGUGGGAGUGGAACUGAAACUCAGACGGUUUUCCUUGUAGCCAUAUUGUUCCUGGCUCGUGUGAUACCAGAUAUCUACACAUUCAACACCAUGUUGGAUGCAUGCAUUGCAGAAAAGAAGUGGGAUGAUUUUGAGAAUAUUUACAGAGGGAUGCUGCACCAUGGUUUUCACUUCAAUGCAAAAUGUCAUCUUCGGGUGAUAUUAAAUGCUUCUGGAGCUGUAAAGGGAGUGUUACUGGAAACAACUUGGAAUCACUUGGCCAAGGCAGAUAGGACUCCACCACCUGCCCUCGUCAAAGAAAAGUUUUGCAUGAAGCUAGAGAACGAUGACUAUGUGGCUGCUCUUGCCUGUAUAACUAGUCAUUCCAUUCCUGAGUUGCAGGCAUUCUCUAAUUUGGCAUGGUUGAAUUUGCUUAAGGAAAAUGCUCACAGGUUUAGUAAGGAUGCUCCUUUUCGGUUGAUACAAGAGGUUAGCAUCCAUACUAACAGAACUGAAUUGUCAAACCUAGCAGUCCAGAAUCUCAUAUCAGCUUGUAAAGAAUUUUGUAGGAUUCAUAUGACAUUAGCUGAGAUUAAAGAAAUCGAAACUGUUUGUAGUGCUCAAACUGAAUUAGCUUUUAAAUCCUGAUUAACUAUUAUUUGUGUUCAUCUUUACCAUUAUAUAACAGAAACAAGCAUUCCUACUUCUUAGAGUA